CAGAUAAAGAGAACGUUUAUUUGGUUCUUUUUGAAAACCUAAGAUAGCAGACGAGCAUACGGGCAUAGGGUGUGUCCUGUGUUUGUUACGUCAUAUCCGUUGUCUCAGUAACGGACGCGUUGGUACAUGCGUUUGUUGUUUUGACGGAUGCGUUCGUAUGUGGCUGCAGGUCUUAACCGUCUUAACCUCUUAACCUCGACGGCCUCGAAAGGAAGACCACCCUCUUGUCAAGCUUUCAUCAGAAAUGCCGUCGACAUUAGACAGAUCACGGCAGCAGUGGUUUCGAAGACGACCUCUCCUUCGAACGGCAUAUAUAACGGACCUUCAGUACGGUAGCUACAUAGCAGGGAUAUAUUCAAUAGUUGAAAGCAUCUUCAUGAUCUUCCUGGCAAUCUUCGACAUCUACUGCCUCGCGGAAGCAUCGCCAGGAUCACGUCAUUAUCGGUACAUCGGAUUCAGCUUCCUGUUCGUGUACAGUGGAAAUCAGCACGUGCGUCACCUGCUCAUCUUGUGUUCCAUCAUCUCUUUUAUUGUGAGCGUCUGUCUCCUGGCCACAUCCGUCAUGAUGGUCGUUGCACUGAGAAAAGAACAAGAAGCAAAAUUUCGGCCGUGGCUGCUGUUCAUGUUCUUGUUCACCUCUUGGAGGGUUGUGGCAAUCAUCUACCGUUCCAUUGUCAAUGACUUGUACUUCUCUUAUCAUCAAGCCAUGCUGGUCAUUUGGAUCCUGUUCAUUCUGAUUAACGGAUUUGCUUGGUUGGUGGUGUACUCCAACUAUCAGGAGUUAACAGACAUUACGAGACUGGAAGACAUGGCUAAACUCAAGAUGGGAACAUUGAGCAGCCUGAAUGCCUCUCGUUCAGUAUCACGUCACUCCAUAGACUCCAUGAAGAACACCAGCCUACACAAUACAAGUUUCCAGUCCACCACCAGUGCCAAGGUAUCUCUCUCCACUGCAUCUGCGUGACUCUUCUCCAUCGUCUCCUGCCCUUUUCACCUUUGUGAAGUCUAUCCUAGCCCUAGCUCAACCUCUUAUGAAAACCCAGACCCUAGAAAUUCUGCAAGCUGCUAUCUUUGAUGAAGAAAUCUAUCGCGCGGCGUUUAUAGGUGUCAUGCUCGGAAAGUGUACUCUUUGCAGUUGUGUCGAAAAUGUUGUACAAAGUGCCUUUUCCACGACGUUUAGGUAUGGUGGACACAAAACUUUGGUUACGCUCGUUGUACAUGCACACCUGGUGUGUUUCUCAUUGGCAUCUGCAAAGGCUAACUGACACAUUUUUGGGACCAGCUAAUAGAAUGCCAUAAUUUCCAGUGGAGAGGCUUCUACAGCCACUUUCUGAAUAUUGUUGAUUGCUUACCUGUAAUGCACGCCCUUAAUACUGUACUUACUCACAUACCUGAUGGUGAUGUACGGGAAAGUUACCAUUCACUCCAGGGCACCGACUGAGAAAUUUCAGGGAUAUGGUAGUCCUGGCGUAAUUAAGGAGCAAGGAAAUAACGCAUUCAUCAAGCACUGUAUCAGGAGCCAUCAUACACAGUGGUUUGGCCGCAUGAUGUCUCGCAAAACUUGUUCACCAUACCUGAUCUCCUGGCGUGAUCAGAUCAGUAUGACAUAGUGUCUCGUUUCUCACUCAAAGUUGGUUCACUGCGGACACGAUGCAGCAUCACGGAGUGACAUCAACAUCCAUUUACAUGUUCCAUGGAGGAUCUUUCUCGCACGCUAUGUGAUGAUUGCAUAGGAUAUUCUUUGCAUCGCAGCCUAAACAACAACAACAACAAAAAUCUGCAAGUGACUCGCGUUAACUGUGCGAGUAAAUACGGCUGUCAAGUCGUGUCAGUUCUCUCCAUUCAACAUGCGUUUGAGUGUACAUUCCCAUAGUGUAAUAACGCAGCCCAGUGUUUUUCAUCUCCUGUCUGCAUAUAUUAAUGCACCCCUCUCACAUUGGGUGGCUUUUAUUUAACAUUUGUGAGUGUUGAAAUUUCUGAAUCUCAUUUUCAUAAUGCAGCUUAAAAAUGGUGUCGUGAUUUGGGCCAGACUUUUGUGUUCCAGUCUUUUAGCACUGAGAAGUAACAAAAUUUUUAAAUUGUCCGAGUCUUUGACAACAUGGUCUGUCACCGGUUGUGCCGCAUUAAAUAUAGUCUGGACCAAAAUGAAAAAUGUGAACACUCGAGGUAACCGAUACAAGACAGCAAAAUUUGCAGCCCAGUAAAAUUUAGUGGUACAUUUAGAACUAAACUUUGGAUGUAAUCGUCACCAGUUUCUGGGUGCUACUUGGCAAAGCAUCGGACAAAAGAUGUUCCCAACGCAACCCUCGGUCACAGUUACCUCCUUUGAUUUUUGCAAAGUUGCGCAUCAUUCAGAAGCCAUGUGUAGUCCCGAACGAUGCCAAAAGUACAGGAGGUUGCAGCCUGCAAUUUUACGUAGUAUCAUUCACACAUGCAUCACAUUGGUUGACAUUUUUGCCUCCAGUGGGCCCCAAGAUCAAGGGGCGUAAAAAUGUACACUUUUGACAAACCUGCGGCUUGCUACAGGAGACUCAUCACAUGAUCAGAGAAACAUAUUGUAGCAUUACGACAAAGAGUCGGUUACGUGCUCACCUACACCCGAGAUUGAAAAGCACCAUUUUAUAGGCUCGUAUUUUUAUAGCACCCAUUCCAUGUGGCCAAGCAUUUCCGUCCAGUGUUUUGUUGUUGCGCUUAUUGCGAGCAGAUUAUUCAUAUAUAUAUACAGAAUCUUCUAUAGUGGAAAUAAAUAGACUUUUCAGUA